GCGAGAUAAACAAGGCAAACGACAAAUGCACACCAACGAUGCAUUAUAGCUCUCUAACUCUCAGUCCAGCUCCUCCAGUUCCAGUUACCCCGCUCAAGUGGGAUCCUCUGCCGCCAAAUCCCUUUAUUGGUGUUUGUUAUGGAACGCUUGGUUCAAACCUACCAUCACCGAUAGAUGUUGUAGCUUUCUACAAGCAGAACAACAUUGGAAAAAUUAGACUCUACAAUCCUGACCAUGAUGUUUUACAAGCACUUAGAGGAUCCAACAUUGAGGUCAUGCUUGGUGUUCCGAACGAUGAUAUUGAUUACAUAGCUGCCAGUCAAGACCAUGCAGAUGCAUGGGUCCAGAACAAUGUCACAAAAUAUGGUGAUGUCAAGUUUAUGUACAUUUCUGUUGGGAGGGGACUGAAUCCUGGUUAUUUGUCAAUGAUAUCACUACUCCCUGCAAUGCAGAACAUUCAUAAUGCAGUUUCAGUUACUGGCCUUGAGAUCAAGGUAUCCACGUCAAUUAACACAAGCAUGCUGGAAACAUCGGUGCUAGAAACCGCUCCAUCAAAGGCCUCUUUCAGAGAAGAUUGCAGGAUGGUUCUUGAUCCUGUCAUCAGUUUCUUAAAGAAAAUCUCAGCCCCAUUGCUCGUUGACGUGUAUCCAUAUUCCGCUUAUCUUUCCAGACCCUAUCCUUAUUUUAUUCUGGAAUAUGCAGUUUUUGUACGUCCACUUUACCCUAGUCCCUUGUUUAAUGAUUCUUCUUUGAUAUACCAUUCCAUUUUUGAUUGGAUGGUAGACUCUGUUUCUACUGCGAUUGAAAAGUCUGGUGGGGGUUCUUUGGAGAUUGUGGUAUCAGAAAGUGGUUGGCCCUCAGCCGGCGUUCCAGAACAAACCAUUGAGACUGCCGAGACUUACAUCUUCAACCUAAUAAAUCAUGUGAAGGUAGGGACUCCAAAGAACCCCGGAAAACCCAUUGAAACUUACAUUUUCUCCAUGUUUGAUGAGAGUAAUAAACAUCCAGAAGUCGAGAAACAUUGGGGGCUCUUUCUUCCAAACAAGCAGCCUAAAUAUGACUCAUUUAGGACACCAUUAUUCCAGCCAAGUUCUGCUGCUGCAAACCCACCAAUCUUUGGGUCUGCUCCACAUGGACUCCGUGAUCCCUUUCCUUCAAGAGGAAGAUGGAACCGGGGAAAAUUACCAGUGGGAAUUACUAUUGCAGCAUGUGCUCUGUUGUUUGGUUUAGGGACGCCAUCUAAUGAUGAAAGCAAAUUAUCCUGCGAGAUAAACAAGGCAAACGACAAAUGCACACCAACGAUGCGUAAUAGUUCUCUAACUCUCAGUCCAGCUCCUCCAGUUCCAGUUACCCCGCUCGAGUGGGAUCCCUCUCCUUCAAGAGGAAGAUGGAACCGGAAAGAAUUACGAGUGGGAAUUACUAUUGCAGCAUGUGCUCUGUUGUUUGGUUUAGGUUUCAUCAUUCUGUUCCUUUUUUGGAGGAAGCGGAGAGAAAAUGAAGUAGAUGUUCUUGCCUUUGAUGUGUCCUUUAGUGAUGAAUUCAGGAAUGGCAUGGGACCUAGAGAGUUCUCCUACGAUGAAUUGGCUAUAGCAACAAAGAAUUUUGCAAAUGAGGAGAAGAUUGGCGAGGGAGGGUGUGGAGUAGUUUAUAAAGGGUUCAUGAGGGAUUCAAAUACUUAUGUUGCUGUUAAAAGGGUUUCAAAGAGGUCCAAACAAGGGAUCAAGGAGUUUGCAUCAGAAGUGAAGAUUAUUAGCCAAUUAAGGCAUAAGAAUUUGGUGAAGCUCAUCGGAUGGUGCCAUGAAAAGGAACUCUUACUUGCUUACGAGUUCAUGCUUGGUGGCAGCCUAGAUUUCCAUCUUUUCAAAGGAAGAAGCUUGUUACCGUGGGACAUUAGAUACAAAAUCGUGCAGGGUUUAGCGUCAGCAUUGCUUUACCUACAUGAAGAAGGAGAUUUUUGUGUGCUACAUAGGGACAUAAAAGCAAGUAACAUUAUGUUAGAUUCAGUUUUUAAUACCAAGCUUGGGGAUUUUGGUUUAGCUAGGUUAGUUGACCAUGAAAAGGGGUCACGAACAACUUUAUUGGCUGGAACCAUGGGCUACAUAGCUCCUGAGUGUUACAGAACAGGCAUGGCAACCAAGGAGUCUGAUGUCUAUAGUUUUGGAAUUGUGGCACUUGAAAUUGCAUGUGGCAGAAGGUCAAUAGAGUACAAGCAUGACGAGCAUCUGUCUUCAUUGGUGGCUUGGGUUUGGGAAGCAUAUGGGAAUCAAAUGCUUCUUGAUGUAGCUGACAAGAAACUCUCUGCUGAAUUUAACGUGAAAGAGAUGGAAUGUUUGCUACUUGCUGGGUUAUGGUGCGCUCAUCCUUCUCAUGGUAUGAGACUGUCAAUUAGGCAAGCAAUCCAGGUACUUAAUUUUGAGGCAGCACUUCCAAAUCUACCAAGUAAGAUGCCUAUUUCCAAUUAUGAUGAUAUCCCUAAUACUUCCACCAUCAAAACAAGUCAACCCAAUUCACUUAGCAUUACUCUCCCUCGCUAAUUUUGGUGUCAAAGGUGCUAAUAGUUAAUUUUGAUAAUAUAUAAACACGUGUGUUUCUUUAAGAUUAAUGGAUUCUUGUUAUGCCCGUUUGAAUUUGCUUAUGGCAUUUUAUGCCGCUAAAUUGUUCAUUUUAU